GAAAAGACUUCCGGUGUCUCUACUGCUCCGUCUCUCCGCUUCUGCUUCUUCAUCGCUGCAGCCGUUCUCCUUCUCGCAUCUCUGUUGGAUUCUGGGCCUUUCAGCCUCCCUUAACCAAAGGCAAACCAGAGGCCUGAAUCCUCUCAGCGCCUUGCCUUGUUCCUGCGGAGGAGGGAGCCCAGCAUGGAGGAGGGAGAUCCCGGGGAGAGAAGGAAGCUGUUGAGGGGGAUCCAGGCUCGGCGAAGCAAAGGCCCCUCUGCGCAUGCGCAUGUCCCGUCUGAAGCAGGCCAAGGGCCCUGGAGAGAAGCCGCCCUCGACGAGAGAAGGAGCGGAGCAAAAAUGCAGAGGAGUUUGGAGCAGCGAUAUGCGAUCAAGUUUUGCGUCAAACUUGGAAAAUCUGGCUCCGAAACGCUGCAGUUGUUGAGGACAGCUUAUGGGGAUGCUGUGUUGUCUUCAGCCCAAGUCUUCAGGUGGCACAAGGCAUUCAAGGACGGAAGGGAGAGCGUUGAGGAUGAACAGCGUGCUGGGCGGCCUUCAACUGCUAGAACUGAGGAGAAUGUGGCUCGUGUGAAGGCGGUCCUGGAUAGGGACCGAAGAUUGAAUGUGCGGUUAAUUGCAGAGGAGGUAGGACUACCGAAAACAGAUGUCCAUCGAAUCAUUACGGAAGAUCUGCGUAUGAGAAAAAUUUGUGCAAAACUGGUCCCAAAGAAUUUGUCAGAUGAACAAAACAACCAUAUGUUGAUUUCUCAUGAACUCUUGGGUCGUGUGACAAGUGAGCCCAACUUACUGCAGCGACUGAUAACUGGGGAUGAAGCAUGGGUUUUUGAGUAUGAUCCCACAGAUGAAAAACAAAGUUCAGAGUGGCACACUUCCCAGUCACCUCAAUCAAAGACUGAAUAAGCAAAUCAAGAGUACAAUCUAUGCUCAUCUGCUUUUAUUUAUUUAUAUCAUUUCUAUCCCGCCUUUCUCACCCGAGGGGACUCAAGGUGGCUUACAGAUCUGGCAAGAUUCAAUGCCAAUAAAAUAACAAUACAGUAGAGUCAAAAACAUCAAGCAAUAAAAACAAUUAGGCAUUAAAACACAUAAAACAAUAUACAAAAAUUAAGACAUAUAAAGUGCAUAAAUCCAUUCGUCCAGAAAUCCUGCACAUAAUCCGUGAACCAGGCCAUGUCGAAGUCAUAAAAUUUAUUCAUUGAAUGCUUUUGUGCAUAACCAGGUAUUUAGCUUCUUUCUAAAGCCCAGAAGGGAUAGAGCCUGCUGGAUGUCGCAGGGGAGGGAGUUCACAAGGGAGUUGUUCACAAGGAGACUUUGUCACCCAGGCAGACUGUGUAUCAAGCAUUUUACUUACAGGUACUCAAGCUUUUGAGAAACAAGAGUUGUGUGCUUCCACUGUUUAAUUGCAAACACAUGGUUUGAUCAGCAUGCCAGUGUGCUAAGUCACAGAUCAUUCACUGUGAGGGACUUUUUGCUUCAAAAUAUUAUCACAAUACUUCCCCAACCACUGUACAACCCUGUCUUGGCACUGUGCAAUUUCUUGUUUCCCCUGAGCUCCAAACCCACUUCUGUAGAUAACAUUUUGGUACACUUGGAAACAUUCAUGCAACUGUGAUGAGGGCUUGGAACAACAUCUCUAGUGAAGACUUCUUUCACUGUUACGUUUAAAUAUUUGUCACGUUGAGGAGGGGCAAGCUUGUUUUUUGCUGCUCCAAAUGCAAGGACACAGAGCAGUGGAUUCAAAUUGCAGGAAAAGUGUUUCCACCUAAACAUUAAGAAGAACUUCCUGACUGUAAGAACUGUUUGGCAGUGGAAUAUGCUACCUGAGAGCAGAGGAGUCUCCUCUGGAGGGCUAUUUGUUGGGGUUGCUUUGAAUGGCAGAAUGGGGUUGGACUGUAUGGCCCUUGGGAUCUCUUUCAACUUAUAUGAUUCUAUAAUAUGAAGAGUGGCAGGAGCACUGGAAUUGCUGUAUUCGGAUACAAAAUGUCUGUUUUGAAGGGGACAGACUGCACCUGCAUGUAUGUUCAAUAAAAACGUUUUUAUUAAUUGUCA